UAUGUGUAUAUAUAUGGAAAGAUCAAACUCCAACUUCAUUGCUUAAAAGAAUUCUAGUUUAAUUUCAAACAGACAUACACACAGACCGUUAAGGCUUGGAAUGGAGGCAUCACAGCAGGAAAACGGUGGUAUCAUAUCUGUGAGAAGGUUGGAACCCGUCUUUAUCCAACCUGAAAAACAGCCUUCUAAGGGAAGGCAUGUGUUGUCCAAUCUAGACCAUGCUGUGGUAGCCAUAAUGAAAACCAUUUUCAUUUACAAUCUAGACGGCAAGACAAGUAGUGAAGCGGCCUGUGAUGUGCUCAAGCAAGCCUUGGCUAAAGUUUUAGUUCAUUAUUAUCCACUUGCAGGCCGACUAAAACAAAAUUCUGAUGGAAAGCUUUUCGUUGAGUGCAUUGACACCGAAGGAGUGCCAUUUGUUGAAGCAACUGCUGAUUUCAGCAUCGACGACCUAGGUGACAUCACAGUUCCUGAUACUCCCAAGUUAGAGAAGUUUAUUUAUCAAGUCCCUGGGCUUGAAAAUAUACUAGAAACGCCUUUGAUGACUGCACAGGUGACAAGGUUCAAGUAUGGUGGGUUUGCUCUGGGGUUGAUUAUUAACCACUGCGUAAGCGAUGGAAAAUCAGCCAUGGAGUUUGUAUGUUCAUGGGCAGAAACAGCAAGAGGCCUACCACUAAGCACCCCACCAGUUAUUGAUAACUCAAUGUUUAUGUCCAAUAAACUAUCUCCCCAGAUCAAAAUCCCCGCAGAGAAGUUCAAUAUAGUUGAAAUAAGUGACGUUUCAAACCUGGAAAGCCAGUACCAAAAGGAGAACAUGGUGUACAAAUCAUUCAGCUUUGAUCCCAACAAGUUGGCAGAGCUAAAGAAAAAGGCAAUGGAGGGGGAUGGAGAGUUAAAAUACUGCUCGAGCUUCACAGUACUCGCAGCUUUAGUGUGGCGUGCAAGAAGCCAGGCUCUGAAAAUGGAACCCCAUCAGAAAAGCAAGCUUUUAUUCACUGUUGACAUAAGAUCCAAGCUCAAUACACCAUUGCCGAAAGGGUUUUUCGGCAACGGGGUAGUAACAAGUGAGUGUACUUGCACUGCAAGUGAACUAAGUGAAAACCCGUUUUCGUUUGCAGUAAAAAUGGUGCAAAAUGCUAUUAACAAAGUUAACGAAGAUUACAUCCAAUCAUAUAAUGAUUUUUUUGAAAAUAUAAGAAUUACAACAGAAGCGCCUUCUUUGAUUGGGACGCUUGUGAUCACUUCAUGGACUAGAAUUGCAUUCAACACUGCAGAUUUUGGAUGGGGAGAGGCAACAAAGUUUGGUAGUGUAGUGAUUCCGAAAGAAGUGUGUUUGUUUAGCCCUGCCAAAGGAAAAGACAAGGGGGGAAUCAUCCUGAUUUUGGGUUUGCCAAUUACUGCCAUGAACAACUUCCAGGAAUCAAUGAACAAAGUUUGAUCAUCAAAUCUGGUUUCGCAAUAAAUUGUGAUGUUGCUUUCUACAAUUGAAUGUAAGGGAAAUGCUAGUGUACUAGUUUCACUGUUGUGUUGAAGUCAUUAUCAUCUUAUUUACUCCAUUGAAUAGAUUUA